GCAAACUUUAACAAGCUAGCCUGAGAAGAGCGAGCCCGCUUGGAAUUUCAACUUCACUUUGAUUCUGGAACAGGCUACCAUUCAACAAUCUGGCUAUACAAUUCUCAUCAUGUACAAGACACUGCCAAGAACGCGAUCCAAGCCCCUUGAUCGGAAUGUUAUGAUGCUUGUCUAGAUCUCCACUCGCUCCUUUGCUUUUUGGCUCGCUCGGCCAGAGUCAGGAUGCCGGGGGGGAUGCUAUCCAACCGGCUGAGCCCCCUGCAGGUGCAGGUUGGCGACGGUGCCGAUGGGGCCCCCGGCACCCCCACCUCCCUGGGGGGAGCCAAGCUGCGGCACCAGGCACACCACUUGUUUGCGGACAACCUCGAGCUGCCAAGGCCUGCGACGGCGUCUAGUCCACGGCGAGCGAAGCGCAGGCUCCGCAGUCACAGAUUCUGGCUCAUCCUGGAGGGGCUCGCCCGGCGCCCUGGCACCAAACGGCGGCUCGCUACUGCAUUCUGCCUCGCCCUUCUCUUUGGUGCAUUCUUCCUCGACCUCGAAUAUCCGCACACCGUGUUCUUCCAGAGCAGCCAUGCAGCGGCUGUGAAGAAGCUGGAUCAUGACACCGCCCUGGCCGGGAUGGGGCACCUCUGGGGCAGGGGCAACCGGCCAGUGUCAGAGCUCAUCAUCGCGCACGUGUCAGCGGCGUGUCAGCCCGAGUCCUUGCGCUUGUUCCUCCGGUCAGUCAAGCACAGCGGCGCACAGGAUCGAGCGGACUUGGUUUUGCUGAUGUCACCUGAUGCGGAGCUCGAGCGAGUGGCGGCUGAAGAGGAGGAGUCGUUCCAGCGGGUUAAAGCUGGGUUGUCGGAAAAUUGGCUCAAGGAGACGGAAAUAAUGAGGAUUGAAGCGGGAAGAGCCAGGGCUUUAUUGGAGCAGGAAACAGGGUUGGAAACCAGAAAGGAAGGUGCGACAGAGGGGGAAGCAACUAGGGCGGCUGAAGGCGAAGUUGCACAGAAUGGGGGGCGGCUGGCAGGGGAGGAGAAGACCCCCGAUCUGGAUCCGGAGAGUAAAAGUGGGGCGAAGCUUAACGAGCUGGCGAAUUCGGCAGACACAACGAGCACAACUACGGUGGACGAGGGGACGAUACAGCGGGCUGCGCAGACGGGAUCCUCGCUGAAAGAUGGAGCGAGCAUACGAGUCAUUCAAGCCGUUCCCGUUCAAAUACCCCCAGUUGCGGCCGCCCCUCUCGUCAUCCCAAACCUCGACGAGGACCUUCGGAGCUACGUCUGGGGGGAGGACAACCGGACGGCUAUGGCGGAACACUUGGAAGAUUUCCUGAGCCCGGAGAGUCCCUCUUGGGGUGCGACGGCCUCCUUUUCGAUGGACGAGUUGGAUCUGCUGGGGGGCUUGGAAGGGUUUAUGGAACCGGUGCCGGAGGGUUUGCGGCGGUGGGUGUGCUACCAGACGCUCCUGGGGAGGCUCCGACACAGAUACAAGCACGUGUUCCUGACCGAAGUCGACAACACCGUCGUUCUCGGGGACGCCUUGGGGGCCGUGCGUGUGAAGAAUGGUCUGUACAUAACCUCCAGCGACUUGCCGUGGAAGACAACCGAUCCGAGCGACCCGGAGGGCAAGAGCAUCAUGAACGGAACGUACGGCAACCGGUGGUGGCAGGCCUUGGACUCCAACGAGCACAUAACGCCCCUCAUCGACGAUGGCGCGGUGCUGGGAUCGAUGAAGGCGGUGAGGGCGCUGACGGACGCUGUGGUGAACGAGGCCGUGCGGGUGGCGCUGCAACGACGAGACCGGAUGCCGCUGUCGGACCAGGCCCUGUUGAGCAACCUGGUGUACAAGAGUGCGCUGAUGCAGGACCGGAAGUUCGAGCCGGUUCAGCUCGUGUCCAACCGGGACUCAGUAGUCCACAGCAUGGCGGGCUCCUUGUUUUUGAGUCAAGCGUUCACGAACGUGGUUGGGGAUGACUACGCAGUCCUUCAUCGGUUUGAUCCUCGAGUCCCGGUCAUAGAUCAGCAGAAUAUAACGAGUUUACUGCGGGCACGAUUAUGCAAGGACGAUAGCAAAGUCUGGCGUCACCAAGACUGUUCUUAGGCCCCGAACGUAAGCAAAGAUGACCGUCAAUCGGAAUUAGAUACUGAGGAGAAAACGUACACUUGUUUUACAACAUUUGCAAAGCUCGGAAGUUCCUUACGACAUGUGCAAAGCUCGGAAGUUCCUUGGCCUUGAACGGCAACCGUCGAUGAUCUGCGGGAUCUUACGCUGAUGCAUAGCCAU